GCAUCAUCAUCCCGUCUCGUCUUCUCCACCUCCACACAUCCAAAACCCAAAAUCCAAAGCCCUCCUCCCUCCUCUCUUCCCUUACCCUCUCAAUCGAGACUGCAACAACGAACACAAAUGCAAACACCAACCAUGUACACGUCCAUGGCAGCUCGGGCAACGUCGGCGGCGGCGAACCUCCCUGCACCACCACCAAGGCAAUGCUACUACCACCUCCUGCCACCCGCAGGUCGCCGCUCCGUGUGGGCGCUCUCCGCGUCCCCGAAGAAGAAGAACCCAUGGCUGGACCCGUUCGACGACGGGCCCGACGAGGACUUCGACUACACGGGCGUCUACUCAGGCGGCAAGCAAGACGAGGAUCCACGGCCCCCAGAAGACCCGUCAAACCCCUACGGCUUCCUCCGGUUCCCCAUGGGCUACAACCCGGAGCUCGACAGCCUCGCCUCCAAGGUGCGCGGCGACGUGCGCCGGGCCUGCUGCGUGGUGUCCGGCGGCGUGUACGAGAACGUGCUCUUCUUCCCCGUCGUGCAGCUCCUCAAGGACCGCUACCCCGGCGUCCUGAUCGACGUCGUGGCCUCCGCCCGGGGCAAGCAGGUCUACGAGAUGUGCAAGAACGUGCGCUACGCCAACGUGUAUGACCCCGACGACGACUGGCCCGAGCCCGCCGAGUACACGCACCAGCUUGGAGUCCUCAAGAACAGGUAUUAUGACAUGAUCCUGUCCACGAAACUGGCUGGCACGGGCCACGCGCUGUUCUUGUUCAUGUCGUCGGCUCGCGAGAAGGUGGGUUACGUUUACCCCAACGUCAAUGGCGCCGGCGCCGGGCUUUUCCUUACUGAGAUGUUCAAGCCGCCCACAACCAACCUCUCCGAUGGGGGAUAUAACAUGUACCAGGAAAUGCUGGAGUGGCUGGGCCGGCCGGGCAAGGGCGUGCCGCAGCAGCCGAUACCGCCGCUCAGGGUGUCCAUCUCCAAGAAGCUGAGGGGCAUUGUGGAGGACAAGUACAGCCGCGCUGGCGUCGAGAAGGGCAAGUUCGUCGUCGUCCAUGGUAUCGCCUCUGACUCCGUCGCCAACAUGACGUCCAGGGGAGACGAUGACUGCCUCCUCCCCCUUGAACAAUGGGCAGAGAUCGCCAAAGCGAUCAGCUCUCAAGGCAAUGGACUGAGGCCUCUGUUUGUGAUGCCACAUCAGAAGCAUAGAGAAGAGAUCGAGGACAUUGUGGGCAGGGAGACCAGCUACCUGUUUAUCACCACUCCCGGGCAGCUCACCUGCCUUAUCAAUGACUCCGCCGGCGUUGUCGCGACCAACACCGCCGCUGUCCAGCUCGCCAAUGCCCGUGACAGGCCAUGUGUGGCGCUGUUCUCCUCCAAGGAGAAGGCGAAGCUGUUCCUGCCAUACGCGGAGGAUAAGAAGAGCUGUACUGUCGUGGCGUCCGCAACUGGCAAGCUGGCCGACAUUGACAUCGAGGCUGUGAAGAACGCAGUGAAGGAGUUCGAGCCUGCUCCCAGCUUCGCAUUGGCACAAAAAUGAUCAAAACGAUAAUCUUUCUUGAUUGUGUUGUAAAUAGAUCUGCACAGCGAGCUCAUCUGACCAGCGAGAGGCUAAGAGUUCAGUGCCUUGUAGCUUUCUAAUUCAGCACAUACACAUGUUUACCUCUGGUUUGGAUGGGUGAACAAAAAUACCAUCGUAGAUAGCUCUAAAAGUAAAUAAGAUCCUCAGCAAUAUCAUGAGAUGAUCACACAAUAAUACUGGAAUUUAACGAAGCA